AUGCAGAAUGCACGAAGCGCAAACGCAAAUGCGACAAAAAAAAAUCCGUGUACCAGAUGCAUACGCUUAGAAUUGAAGUGCUCGAUAGAAAUCGUGCAGCUUAGACGCAACGCUGUGCAACAUGGGUCGGAAAUUCAGUUUUUGCGUUCUCUUUUGGUGGAUCUCGAAUCGUCUCUAUCUGAGACGGUUUCCCUUGUUGAAAAGAUAAAAAUUCGAAUUUUUCGUCUCGAGACCGGUCAGGAUCCCCCAGAAUCGGAUGUAGCCAACAACGCACCUGCAGCACAGGAAUUAAGUACAACCGAGGACCGUGCACCUCGCCAAUGGUCCUUCGGUGCGAAUGACAACACCUCAAAUCAAAUCGAAACCUCCCUUCUCACGGCUAUUGAACACCUUGCUUGGGGUCGUAACUCUGCUGGAUGCUUCCCCCACAGGACGUGUUCAUGCCAGUAUCGCAAAGAUGGGCUCCAAUCGCUAUCAGCAAUAGGCCCUCUCCCAGUCAAUGUACCCAGUCAGAAGCUGAACACCUCCUUUCCCGGCACAUUGGACGCCCAGAAGCUGAUCAAGUUCCAUGUAUGCCAUGUGGCCUGGCAUCACAACUGCAUUCAUGGUCCAACAUUUCUCGGGCAGUGCGAGGUGUUCUGGGAGACUGGAAAAUUUGAUGACCCCCUCUGGCUAGCACUCUAUCUUUCUGUUUUGAGUGCAACCGUCAGCUCAAUCCAGGAUAGUACAAAACUAAGAGGAGUUGUUGAUGUCGACCUACAUGCAAUACCAUCAACACAACAACUGUUCUCUGCUAUGGUGCAGACCCUCUACAACUCCCAUUUUCUCAGCAAUCUCUCCGUAUACUCUGUUCAAGCAAUCGUCAUAUCGACCGAAGUCGCUCAUAAUCUUGGCUUGAGUCAAUUGAACGCGACACUAUUCAAUGCUGCAGUACGCAUUGCCGAGUGUCUUGGUAUCCACAAGAUCCAGGAUCAACCAAACAAGCUUGCUCGAAAUAAAGAUGAAUGGGAUGAGAAGGUGGAACGAGAAGUGGGAAAGAGAGUAUGGUGCCAAAUGAUCAUCCAAGACCAUUUCGCCAUUCCUUUUACCGAUACCUACAGUAUCUCUCCGAUGCAUUUCUCAACAGGUCCCCCAAUGAACGCAGAUGACUAUGACUUGACGGAUGUCCCUAUCACAUCUCCUACCAUAAGCACCUACAUCCGUGUGCUUGUGAAGUUGGCAGAAUUAAUGCCCGGUCUAGUUGACGGACUAGGUCCAAUGAAGUCCAGAAAGCCGAUGCGAGAGCAGUACGAACAUAUUCUGAAAAUAGACCAGAAAAUGAGAGGCGUUGUGAAAAACAUACCUCCGUUUCUUCUGCGUGCCGAUAAAACAAAGGAUGCAGAAAUUCCAUGGCUUGCUAUCGCGCGACGAAGUCUCGCUAUCACCGCGGCCGAGAAGAUUAUCAUGAUCCAUCGGCCCUUCCUCUUCCGCUCUUUCAAUGACCAGACAUAUGUCUACUCCAGACGGACCUGUGUUGCAGCUGCAAUGACCAUUUUGCGCGAGCACGAGGUUAUCGUAAGAGAAGGUGAUGUAUCAAUAUGGACCCAUACAGCUUUUGCGAUCACUGCGGCAGUCAUCAUGUGCUUUGAGGUUAAUGCAACUGCAGAGAACCAAGCCACUAUCGCCCAAAGUCAUAAGGAUGCAAUAGUCGCGGCUCGCACCCGCCUUGCUGAUCGAACAAAUGACGUGCUUGCUCAGCGAGGCGUCGCGUUAAUCGAUGCUAUCUUCACUGCCGAUAUAGCCUCAGACUCGAAAGGACGCGGCACCAAAAUGAUUGAUUUUGGUCAAAUUCUGGCUAAGUUCUCAACUUUUACGAGAAUCAAUCUUACUCCCGACACCCCCGACGCAUCUCCUAUCCGAUUCUCGAAUGCCGAUCCUCAUGAUGUAAUCAGUGCCCAUUUUAAAGAAAUGCACCCAGCGUGGGAUACAGCAGAAGACACCGAUUUUGAUGCAUGGUUCAAUGGAACGUUCUGCACUCUCCAUGACCCUUUUCAGUUUGAAAGAAGCAAACAUUCAUAA